UCCGUUCCAUCCGACAAUGUCUUCCCCAGAAAUUGCUUCCCUCUCUUGGGGCCGGAUGACGGUGAAAGGCUGCUCGGCCACAUACAAGGACUGCAAAGUCUGGCCGGGAGGCAGCCGGAAGUGGGACUGGAGAGAAACAGGAACAGACCAUUUCCCUGGUGUGCAGCCGGCGGACGUUGAAGAAGUCGUUCAGAAGGGGGCAAAAACCCUAGUGAUUGGCCGUGGCAUGAGCGAAGCUUUGCAGGUGCCAUCCUCCACGGUGGACUAUCUCAAGAAACACGGGAUUGACGUUCUGGUCCUGCAGACAGAAAAAGCUGUGAAAGAGUACAAUGCUCUGGCCACACAAGGGGUUAAAGUGGGUGGCGUCUUCCAUUCCACCUGCUAGAGCAAGAGGCCCCACCCU